AUGAAAAUUCACUUAGCCGUGUCCAUAGAAAAUAUUAAUAAUCUCUACCGGAGGGGCGCCUUUGAUCCCGUUUGCAAAUCGCGUUCAAAACAAGAAGGAAACGUUGCACUCAACACAUCUCGCACAAAACCGCGUGACUUCCAAAUCCCGUUCCUCUUUCAACUCUCCUCCAAGAUGCCCACCAAGAAGACCAAGACCAGGAAGCUACGUGGACACGUCAGCCACGGGCAUGGUCGUAUUGGCAAGCACAGAAAGCAUCCUGGAGGUCGUGGUAAUGCAGGUGGUAUGCAUCACCACAGAAUCAACUUCGACAAAUACCAUCCAGGCUACUUUGGUAAAGUGGGUAUGAGACAUUACCACCUGAAAAGAAACACAACUCAUUGUCCCACCAUCAACCUGGACAAGCUGUGGACGCUGGUGAGCGAGCAGACUAGGCUUAACUAUGGCAAGAAGCCUGAAGGUCCCGCCCCCAUCAUUGAUGCUGUGCGAGCUGGCUAUUACAAAGUUUUGGGCAAAGGCAAACUGCCUAAACAGCCUGUGAUCGUCAAGGCCAAGUUCUUCAGCCGAAAGGCAGAGGAGAAGAUCAAGGCAGUGGGAGGAGCCUGUGUUCUGAUGGCAUAAAGUUCCUGUCAGUGUUUUUUGCAAAAAUAAACUAUAAGUGGAAA